AUGGCAACUUCCAUUACCAUCUUUCUUGUCUUCCUUUUACUUACAAAAUGUUGUUGCAAGCGUCGAGUGGAUCCCAAUCCCAAUAUUGAAGAUCCGUUUUCCGGUGGGCCACGUGGCGUUGAUCAGACGGUGAUUGAUUCGUUAAUGACGUUUACCUACACCCUCGCUCAAGGAAAGAAGUUGUGCCGUGGGAUGAAUGUGUGCGUCAUUUGUUUGGCGGUUUUUAGGGAACAUGAAACGCUGCGUUCUAUGCCUAGAUGUGGACACGUGUUUCAUUCUGGUUGCGACCAAAUUAUUAGAUAUGAGCGUAUGGCUGAAGACGCUCUACCAGUUAACAAUGAUUAUGACACUAAAGACGCCCCACCAAUGGAUGCUCGCACUACCACUAUAAGCGUUGGUUAUAAGAAAGGAAAAGGGCGAGAGUGGAUGGAUGCGGGUUUAUACCCCAAUCAGAGUCCAACCAUGACCUCAUCUACGUUUACCUCCGCAUCUGUGAAUACUCCUGCUGGAGAUCGGGUGCGAGAUUGGUAUUGCAGACUUCAUUUCUGA